AUGCCCUCACCAUCCUCGUCAUCGUCACAACUCUCGAAAAGCAACAACGCAAUGUUUGACGAUGAGACUCUCAGAAAAGCGGACAAGUUUAAACUCGUAGUACUCGGAGAAAGCUCGGUAGGCAAAACAAGUCUUGUGAUUCGGCUUGACAAGAAUUGCUUUUUUCAAUAUCAAGAAAGUACCAUUGGAGCAGCCUUUUCGACACAAUUCAUAACAGUUGGAGAUCGAGUGAUUAAAUUUGAAGUUUGGGAUACAGCCGGACAAGAACGAUACAAAUCUCUCGCUCCCAUGUACUAUAGAGGUUCUGAAUGUGCCAUCGUUGUCUACGACAUUACGAACAUGGAGUCUUUCCACAGAGCCAAAUACUGGGUUAAGGAAUUACAACGACAAAGUCAAACAAAUAUGGUCAUUGCCCUUGCAGGUAAUAAACUCGACCUACAAGAUGAGAAACGACAAGUGGAUCAUUCCUUUGCUCAAGCCUAUGCCGAAGAUAAUGGACUGAUCUUUAUGGAAACAUCGGCCAAAGAGAAUAUCAAUGUGAGGGAAGUGUUUGAAACAUUGGCUCGGAAGAUGCCCCUCCGAGAGGAUACACGAGUGGGAGAGGAAGACACGGAAGAGGAGGAUCAUCCUUCUUCGUCCAAUGGUGGUGGAUUGGUGGUGCGACGAAGUGGAAAAACACUCACAAGACCUCCUUCGGUGAGGUCCUCCAAACGAAUCACUUGUUGUGGAGGUGCAAGUCAAUAA